GAAUAUCGAAUAUUGGGCCAACUUCACAUGCGUUUGAAUAUCGAACCUGAAUAUUAAACCAACUUCACAGUUUGAAUAUCGAAUAUCGAAUAUCAAACCAAAUUUCGAAGGAGUCGAGCAUGCGAGGCGAAGUUUAAUCUGAGCCUAAAACCAGCACGAAAAGUUCCAUGAAACGUGUCGGUUUGUAGACUAAACCAAUUGUAUGAUCUGAAGGUUAAGGUCGAGUUAUUGAAGUCAAUACUACCGGUACUUGAUUUGUUGUUAAAUUCACCUCUUAAUUACAUUCACAGCGGCCUGUGUUUGCCACAAAUGCGCAGUGUCGUUGGAGUCAGUAAUCAGCGGAACAGCCGAUCAGAAAGGGCCUGAACCGUCGGGACAGAGGGGGAGUCAGCUCAGGGACUGGUACUUACAAAGCUUCGUGGCGUGUCGCGUCGGUCAAAUUUUGGGUGAUCUUUGGCGGUCUUCUCAGCAAUGAUCCUUCAACGAGUUUUGUAUUCACUUGCCCUGGUGGGGAUAUUUCAUUUGGUCACCGGGAGGCGCUCUUCUACCGGGAGCAGUAAAGUAGAUUCUUCUGAUCCAGCUGAACUGUGGCCUGGACACCUUGAACCGUUAGGAGCAAAGGCUGUCCAAAGACCUUUACCUGUUAUAGAAGGUUUCCUGUCUCCAAAGACAUUCUAUGUGGACCAUGUCUUGGGAUCAUUGCCAGUGGUCUUCCGAAACGGGGCCAAACUAUCUCCUGCCUUCAAGUCCUGGUCCGACACUAACCUGAGACUCAGACCAGAGGCUGAGACGACCAUCAUUGAUGUGGAGAUAAGGAAGAAAGAGGAUCGGAAGCAGCCUACCCAACGGAUGAAGUUUACAGAGUUCCUGGAGCGAUAUCAGACAGAGGAUGAGUAUAUGGUGGAUACAUUGCCCAAGUUCCUCAGGAGAGAUGUUGUUAUUCCUCCACCUCUGGUUUGUGAUGAAAUACUACAAAGAAUAUCAGAUGUGGUUAUGUGGUUCAGCAGCGGUGGUACCAAGUCUCAUGUUCACAAUGAUGAUACAGACAACAUCAACUGCCUAUUCAGUGGUCAGAAAGAUAUCCUCUUCCUUAACUACACACAGUAUCGCCAUCAGUUUCACCUUGAUCAUCCUGAUGGAAGUUAUUCCAGUGUUGAUGUGGACAGUGUAGACAUGAUCAAAUAUCCUGGAUUGAGGAAUGUUGAAUUCUACAAAGCAAAGCUAUUUCCAGGUGAUUGCAUCUAUAUUCCUUAUAAAUGGAUUCAUCAGGUGAACUCAAUCGGCCGUAAUAUUGCGGUCAAUGUUUGGUUUGACCAUUCCUGUGAGACCGUCCCUAGUCCAGAGGUCUGUGGACCCACUGACCGGAGGUUGACCAUAGCGGAUGUAGAGCUGGAUGUAGAGAGACCAUUGGGAUUUGAAGAAGACUUUGAAGAGGAUCAACCUUCAGCAGUCGAGAUGUUAAUUGACACUCUGAAAGAUGAGGAGAUACCUUUAUUUACUCAACAAGAUUUUACUGCUCUAUUACAGAAGAAAUUAACAAUGUUAAGUGAUCUGAGAUGGAAUGAAGAGUGCGAUGAGCUCUCAAAAGAAGCAUUUGAAUUAUUGGACUUGACAGACGAUGGCUUACUAGAUAAAGAGGAUCUUUCAAAACUGCAAGAUACGGAUGAGAUAUACACUUUCCAGUUAGAAUCCAAACUAUUUAUGCUUUCCGACAUUGCACAUGAACAGGAGGUACAAGAGAGGCUGAGAAAGAUGGAAAAGACAAAGAAGCCGCCAUUAUUAGACGAUCCAAACGUUUUUAUCCAGCAAGUAGAACCUCUCAAUCUAGAUGACAUUGAUUGGGGAGAUGAUGGAAAGAAAAUGGAUGAAAAGAAAACAGAUCAAACAAGGGAAGACAAGAAAGCGGAAGAUAUGCCAAAGGAGGAAGAGUUGGCUGAUCAUGGAGUCGAAAAUCCAGAAGAUAUUAAUGAUGAUUCAGGCGUGAGUGUGAAAGUUGAACUUUAGGUAUUGACAAUGUUAAAGUCAAGUCCACCCCAGGAAAAUGCUGACUUGAAUAAAUAGAGAAAAAUCAAACUAGCAUAGUGCUGAAAAUUUCAUCAAAAUCAGAUGUAAAAUAAGAAAGUUAUGACCUGUUAAAGUUUCGCUUAUUUGUCACAAAACAGUGAUAUGCACAACUUGGUGAGUCGGUCGAUGAUGUCCAUCACUCACUAUAUCUUUUGUUUUUUAUUGUUUGAAUUAUACAAUAUUUCAUUUUUUAUAGAUUUGACUACAAGGACUAAUUUGACUGAACCAUAUAGUAUUAAACACUGCUAAUUCCACAUAUUCAGGGAGGAAUUAAUCGUUGUAUCAUUUGACAAUGAGGAGAAAAUUAGAAUACUUCACAUAAUAAAAUACAAAAGAAAAAGCAAGUGGAUGACGUCAUAGUCUCCUCAUUUGCAUAUCAGCCAGGAUGUGCAUACAACUGUUUUGUGAAAUUAAGCGAAGAUCUAAAAUGUCAUAACUUCCUUAUUUUACCUCCAAUUUUGAUGAAUUUUUCAGUGUUAUGCUCGUUGGAUUUUUCUCUUUUUAUUCAAAUUAACUUUUUGUUGGGGUGUACUUGUCCUUUAAAGACCCACUGAUGUAUGGUAUCUGGAUGAAACCAACUCAAAACUAAGGAUAAAAUGGCAAAUAUCUUCAAUUAUGUACAAAAUCAUGAAGCUAUUCAGAAAGGUAUGCAAUACUUACCAACAACUAGAGCGUUGCAAGCCAAGUGGGUUUCCCAAUGAUUAUCACACUUGCUAAAGUUGAAAUACAUGUCUGAUUCUGAACAUCCAUACUGUUAUCGUAAAUCAUGACUUUUAUUUGUUAUUCAAAGCUGAACAAAAGAACACCGGUGUAUAUGUACAAAUGUGAAACAUAAUGUGCAUUGUAUAUUAAUUGCCACUAUUUUAGUUGAGAUUAGGGAUUUUUUUGAUGUGCAUCUUGACAAAAUAGACUGCUACAUAUUCAUCUCAAGGCAUUGCACAUGUGCCAUGUUGUCUCACUUGUUCAUUUUCAAAAUCAGGACAGUAAAAAUUUUGAUUCUUACGUUGUCCCAAAUGUAGGACAAGGUGCACAUGUAUCAUUGGUAAAGGUACAAGUGGCUUUAUGAACAACCUUAUAAAACAUCUCUAGGGUGUAUGUUUCAUUAAGCUUUUCAUAAGCUACGAGCCACUUAAUAAGGGACUGGUGACCCUUUCUGAGGAGAUAAAUCAACACCAAUGAGAAUUGGUGGGGACGUCUUCAACUCUUGGUCUAAUGGUUAAGACUCUCGUUUUCGAUUCCCAGCCAUGGCAUGUUUUUCUUCAGCAAGAAGUUUACCCACAUUGUGCUGCACUCAACCCAGGUGAGGUAAAUGGGUACCAGCAGGAAAUAAUUCCUCAAAAAGCUGUGAGCACCGGAAUAGGUAGACUAGCUUAGCCAGGGUAAUAUAGGAGUGCCUUGAGCACCUAACAAGGUGGAUAUGUGCGCUAUAUAAAUCCUAAUUAUUAUUGUUUUAUAUUGUUAACCGCAAGAAAGGGUCACCAUUCCUCCAUAAAACCUUGUGUAAGUCUUACAGACAGCUUCAUGAAACAACCUCCAGUACAAUGAGAGGUAUUGUGAUUAAUGUGGCAUUACCUAUGCGAUGCAGUAUAUAUAUGGUUUUUGUAAAUGCUACAUUUAAUUUUUUAGGGAAUACCAACGAUUAGGAAUAAUGGUGCUAAAUCAUGGUGGAUUCAUUUUUCGCAUGUAGACGGAUUAAGUAAAAAUCAAGUAAAAAUAAAAUCCAUGCCAUGCUAUGAUUUUUGUUUGGCUCUACUACUAAAUCUACCUUAUCUAAAUAGUUAUAACUAGAUCUAGAUUUAUAAGGAGCAAAGAUUUUUUUCUAAAAACACUGUUUCAGGAACUCAGACUUUAGUCAAGUUUUUCAUUAGUGUUAAAUGUUUUUAUUUGAUUACAGUCAUUGUAUAUGUGGAAAAUAUCUACAUCUCAUAAGAAAAGAGCCGGUUCAUUUAUAAGAUUAUUUUCAUAUAUCAUAUUGGCCAAUUAUAGAUAUGCAAUAAUCCUGUCUUUCCAUAGAAAUAUAUUUAAAAAAAUAAUUUUUGUGAUAUAUUUGUGAGGGUUUCUAUAUUAUUUUGGUAUUAUGCAAUGAUAUAUUCAGUUUUCUUAAUAUGUGGGUUUUGUUUGGUUAAAUCUUUAGUUUGUAAUAUUUUAUUUGGGAAUUUAUGUGUGGUUCUUGUUUUUGCAAAUCAUGACUUAUUCCCAUAUAUAAUGUAUUUGAUGUCUAAAUGAUUUUUUUGUAUGGCAUGAAUAAUAUAUAUAUAUUUUUUUGUUGCCCUUUAAAACCAGGUGGCUCAUGUCCAAAGCAUAUUGCCACAGGGGUGAUAAAAGCUCUUAUCUCAAAAUGAGACAAAUUUAAAGACCCUGACCGGUGUAAAAACAAUCAUAUAUCAAAAUAAAGGUAAUGAUUCAUACAAUACGAAUAUACCAAAAAUAUUACAUAUAUCUCCUUCCAAUAGUUAAAAAUAUUAAAUAAAAAUCAAAGAAACUGCUCCUCCAAAGUACGCUUCGAUUGAGCACCCCCACGUCGCCUGGAAAUGAUGACGUCACGUUGUGUCAGGAGGGUUGUGAUUCCAUAGGUUUGUGUACAAAAGCAUUGGGUAUUUUCUUCCAUUUCCAUGUUAUGAAUCCAUUUUUUUUUUUUUUUUCAGAUGAAAAUGGCACUCAAAAUUAUUCACUGUUCAAAUUGUUGUAAACCUACAACUAUUCACUACCUUUUUUGUGAUUUCUUUGUUUGGCUCUUAUUGGGCCUAAAUUGCUAUGUCAGGAAAAGUUGUUAUACAUAAUCUAAAUGCAGAUAGAAUUGAAAUCUGCGCCAAAUAAGCAGGAAAUAAAAUAUUGCAAAAACUAGUUCAAAACUGCAGAUUUCAUAAAUUCAAGCUUGUGGGUAAAAAUAUAUGUGAUAUCCCUCUGUGAUAGAAGUGAAGAGAAUGAAAUGCGUUAUCUGGAAAGCAAAAAAAUCACCCAGUUUUUCUGUGUACAAACCUAUGGAAUCACGACGCUUCUUACACAACGUGACGUCACGGUCUCGAGGCAGGUGAAAAGCACAAUAAAGCCUAUUUUCUAAGCGGGGUUCGAAACCCGAUAAUUGGAAUAUUCUUAAGCAAAAUACUCAGCUGGGAAGCGGUGAAAAUGCAUAAAGCAUAACUUGGUGUAUUUAGUAGCUUAUAAGCUUUCGAUUGGUAUAUAAUUUAUCAAUUUCAUUUUCGGGUCCGGUCUGGAUCUUUAAGAGUUAACAAUCAGGUGAUUUCCUCUGUAAAGAUAUGUGUGAACUCCCAGACAUUCAGUGAUAGAGCUUUGGGGGAAAUGGCAACAAAAUUAUGGAACUGCCUUCCAAAAAAUAUCAGAUCAAUUGAAUUCUUUGAUAGUUUGUAAUCUGUCUUAAAGGCUUACAUUCUUUCAAAGAAUUACAUAUUAGCUACUAGAAUUAAGAAGAGAGGCUAUGUAUUAUUUUGUGUUUCUAAGAAUGGAAUAGUGGUCUUUCCUUGCAACAGUCAUUUUUUUAACAAUUAUACUUUCUCUACAUUCGCCAUUUAAUAUGAAUUUGUAACCAAUUUAAAGAUGUAAGUUGGUAUAUUUUCAUUUUUUUAUUAUUCCUUUUGACUCCUGUAUUCAAUUCAAUUCAAUAUGUAUUUAUUCAAUUUAGCAGCCACAAAGGCUGAAUUGCCGUUGAAUUUACAAAUAAAAACAUAUAAAUUGCACAUAGACAUGAAUAAAAUCUCAAUUACAAUAAUCUUUAAAAACUGUAAAAUUCCCUUUGCCCAAAACUGUGUAAAAGCAUAAUCAAAAGCAAAUUAUUAUUGCCUAAUUUGGGAGUGAAAACUGCUCAGAUAUUUUUAAAAAGUUUAAAAUGUCCAUUCAGGAAUCACUGAUUUUCAUUUUGUAUUCAAAUUGUAUUCAACUUAAUAGUUGCCUGAAUUGCAAGCAUAUGUAAUUUGAAGAAAUCACAAUCUUUGACAUCUUCAAUUAUUUUAACUGUAGUGUACUGGUUGUACCCUUAGUUGGCGUAGAUAAUUUUUUAACAUAUUACCAAGAAAUAUUUUGUCUUAUAUGCAUGCCUGGCAUUUAGUACAUAACUACCUUACUUUUUGGUGCAAUAUAUAGUGACUAACUUCAUUCCUAUUUUUAGAUAUUUUUUUGUAUAUUUUGUGAGUUAAUGAGAUAAGCUAUUGACAAAUUUCUGAGUUCAUAUUGGAAAAUGGAAUGAUGGUCCAUUUAAAACAAUUUUUUUUAAUACUUAUUUUGAAGUUUCUUAAGAUGAUCCUCUAAUAUUUUUUCAAGACACUCUGGCCGUAUUCUGAACUUGGGUUUAAAUUUAAACUCUGCUUUAAAGUAGUUUAACUAUGGAGAGCAAAGAGUGGCAUAAAUCUGUUACAGUAGAAUUUCAAUGUAUCACCUCAUUUUUCUCUCAAAUCAUUCCUAACUGUUUCGGAACGAUAGAUAAUAUAGCUUUCUAUACCAUUCACGAGUUAGGAAAGAGCACAGUAAACGUAAGAAACAAACAAUUGUAAGGACGAUUUUGACACUUUUGGCUUUCCAUAAUUUUAGCACAGAGUUAGACCAUGGUCUAAGUUAAACCUGACAGAAUACGGGCCUCUAUAUUUAUACCUUGUAUACUUUUAUAAGCCAUCGUGCUUCUUCUCAUGCUGUUUUGUAUUUGUUUUAUUUGGUGGUGGUGCUAUGAAAUGACAAUGUUUAUUAUUAAAUAAGAAAGAGUGAGACUCAAGAAUAAAAAAGAUGAUUAACAUUUGAUAA